ACCAUGCGACCUCCAACGAUCCCGCUUAAACCCUACUUUACUUAAACCCUCGCUCUCUCCCUCGUCGCUCUCGCCUUGCUCUCGCAUCCCCCAUGGCGGCAUUUCUCCGGCGGCGGCCGAACUCUAUUCCUCUCUUGGUAGCCACUCUACCUGCUUGCCUUCGUCUUCGGCCGCUCCAUCCCUCUGGAGUGCGCUCCGUCGGGAGCGCCGCCACGUUGAACUUCGCUUACGCUACUUCGGAUCAGGCGGCGGAACCUUCGCCUGGGCGAAAGGUUCUCGAGACCUUCAGGGAGGAGUUCGAGGUUGGAUCCGGCACCGUCUCCAUCGAGACCGGCAAGAUUGCUAGGUUUGCGAACGGAGCGGUUGUCAUCACUAUGGAUGAGACUAAUGUUCUCUCCACUGUUGCAUCAGCCAGAGGUGAUGGAACUCGCGACUUUUUGCCCCUCACGGUUGACUAUCAAGAAAAACAAUAUGCUCAAGGUGCAAUUCCUACAACAUUUAUGCGGAGGGAGGGAGCUCCCAAGGAACGAGAACUUUUAUGUGGACGUCUUAUAGAUCGUCCUCUUCGUCCACUAUUCCCUCGUGGUUUUUACCAUGAAGUUCAGGUUACGGCAAAUGUUCUUUCUUCGGACGGGAAGCAAGAUCCAGAUGUCAUGGCAGCUAAUGCUACAUCUGCUGCUCUCAUGCUAUCUGAUAUCCCUUGGAAUGGUCCAAUUGGGGUUAUUCGUGUGGGGAGGAUCGAUGGGAAAUUUAUUUUUAAUCCAACUAUGGAUGAGCUAAGUCUUAGUGACCUCAAUUUGGUUUAUGCGUGUACCAAGGAUCGUACCCUAAUGAUAGAUGUACAGGCGCGAGAGAUCACAGAAAAGGAUCUCCAAGCUGGAUUAAAAUUAGCACAUCCAGAGGCUGUCAAAUACAUAGAUCCUCAAGUUAGGCUGGCUGAAAAAGCAGGAAAGAAGAAGAGAGAAUAUAAGCUCUCAAUGAUUUCUGAUAUCACAUUGGAGAAAAUAAGGAACAUAGCAGAAGCACCUAUUCAAGCUGUAUUUACUGAUCCAAGUUAUGGAAAGUUUGAGCGUGGUGAAGCAUUGGACCAAAUCACUCAAACUGUUAAGGCAAAACUGGAGGAAGAUUGUGACGAGGAUAGCUUAAAAGUCCUUCCAAAAGCAGUUGACACAGUUAGGAAAGAGAUCAUCCGUCGAAGGAUUAUCGAUGAAGGAUUUCGAGUAGAUGGCAGAAAACUUGAUGAGGUUAGACCUUUGUAUUGUGAAUCUGGAAUAUAUCCUAUGCUGCAUGGAUCUUCACUCUUCUCGCGUGGAGAUACUCAAGUCCUAUGCACUGUCACACUUGGGGCUCCUGGAGAUGCACAACGUUUAGACUCAAUAGUUGGGCCGCCAAAAAAGCGCUUCAUGCUUCAUUACAGCUUUCCCCCAUUCUCUAUCAAUGAAGUUGCUAAACGAGGUGGAUUGAAUAGGCGAGAAGUUGGACAUGGAACACUUGCAGAGAAGGCUUUGCUUGCCCUACUACCUCCAGAGGAUGAUUUUCCAUAUACUGUUCGUGUGAAUUCUGAAGUUAUGGCUUCUGAUGGUUCAACAUCAAUGGCAACAGUAUGUGGAGGGAGUAUGGCUUUGAUGGAUGCUGGCAUUCCAGUUAGGGAACAUGUAGCUGGAGUUUCAGUGGGUCUUAUUAGUGAUGUGGAUCCAUCGACUGGAGACAUUACUGAUUAUCGUAUACUGACAGACAUAUUGGGUCUUGAAGAUCACCUUGGGGACAUGGACUUCAAAAUUGCAGGAACUAAGAAAGGGAUUACUGCAAUCCAACUUGAUAUAAAACCUGCUGGAAUACCUCUAGACAUUAUUUGUGAGAGUUUAGAACCUGCAAGAAAGGGUCGUAUUCAAAUUCUUAAUCGCAUGGAAGAGAAAAUAAGUGUGCCUCGUGCAAUGGAUGAUGGAAGCACACCUAAAUUAGCCACCUUCAAACUUAAUCCUGAAUCUCUUCGACGAUCUCUUGGGUUUUUGAAUUCUCAAAGAAAGCGGAUCGAACAAGAAACAGGCGCACGCAUUUCUGUAAGUGAUGGGACAGUCACUAUUGUUGCUAAAAAUGGAUCUAUUAUGGAAAAAGCUCAAGAAAAGAUCACUUUUCUCAUAGGACGUGAAAUUGAAGUUGGUGGCAUAUACAAAGGUGUUAUUUCUUCAGUUAAAGAAUAUGGUGCUUUUGUUGAGUUCAAUGGCGGCCAACAAGGUCUUCUCCACAUUUCUGAGUUGACACAUGAACCAGUAUCGAAAGUUUCUGAUGUUUUGUCUGUCGGACAAGAGUUGUCUGUGAUGUGCAUUGGGCAGGAUAUCAGGGGAAACAUCAAACUCUCAUUGAAGGCUACUAUCCCAAAGAAAGGUUCUCCCGAUAAGCAAGAUCCUGUUCCUGCAAAACCAUCAGCGAACGUUGGGGUCUCACCGUCAGAAGACGUAGCCACCUGCACAGAAAGCUCGACUCCGUCAAUACUAAUACGGAGUGCUGCAGAGUGUGAAGCUCAGGAACGUGCUGCUGUUCAACAUACCAAAGCCAAAUCUCGAAAGCAGGUCAGCUCUCCCAGGCCUUAUGAUCCGUCAUCAGCGCCUCAAAACCUUGAGGAGUCGAGUGUGAAGAAGAAGAGACAAAGCAAGAAAGAGAAAGAAAAAGAGGUUUCCGAUGGAACCAAAACCAAACGUAAGGCUUCUACACGAAAAAGUGUUUCCCACGCUGAUGAUGGAGACAGCAAGUCUAAACCUAGUGCGCAAGCACAAUCACUGAAGAUUGGUGAUAGAUUGCCAGCAAAGGUAUAUCAGAUCCGCACGCAUGGUCUUGUACUCGAACUAAGUGGUGGAACACGGGGAAUGUACAAAUUUGAGGUAAACGGUAGACGGGAUUUCGAGGUAGGUAAAGAGCUUCAAGUGAGGUGCUCAAGCUUUUCUACCAAGGGAAUUCCAGUGUUUUCACUGUCAGAGAAUGAGUGAUAUUGCGGCCAACGAUAAGUUUAGCCAGAGGUAACUCUCUUAUUGAUCUCAACAGACCCAGAUCAUCAAAAUCUACAAGAACAUCAGAAAUGGUAGGGACUGUCUUGAUAAAUUAAACGUCAACUGGAAGAGGAUCUUCUUCUUUUGUUCAGUCAGCUGAUGUGCUCUAUUUCACUACUGCCACACUUAUCCAGCAUACGCUUUUGGUAUUGAAUCAACAUUUUUUUUAAUUGCUGCCAAACAUUUUGCUCA